GGCCGGAAUCGUGGAACCAUAAACGGCAAUUUCAGAAUCUGACGUUGCGUUAUGAUCUUAUGUUUUAGUAUAGGUUAUGUGCAUAAAAGUUUAGGCAACAACAAACAAAGAAUAGAUCAUGGACUGUGUACCGAAUUAUCCUAAUACUGACGAUUCUUUGAGAUUUUCUCUCUUAUCAGAGAAAUUGAUAACUGUAACACAAUCAAGAAUAUGUGAUAGAAAAUUAUUGGAUGGAUAUUUUAAAAACAUAAAUGAAAUAGAUUAUAGAAAGAUUUUAAUUCGUGAUAAUAAUGCUAUAAUGCUGUUGAUAAACCAAUUGUGUUCUAUCAUACAACCAAGUGAAACCUCUCUAGUCAAAGGAUAUUCACAAUUUUUAACAAAUUUGUUAAAGCGAGGAGUGGUUCUAAAAGAUCGAACAUUCACUGCUUGUAAACGAUGGCUUCUUGAAUGCUUAGAGUUUUCAGAGCCAGAAGCAGCAAUAAACUUACUUUGUGCCUUACAAAUUUUCUUCAUUACUGGACCAUUUGAUAGUAUUGCUCAGGAUCUCAGAAAAUUACUUAGAGAUAAUUCAGUUUUACUUAAAUAUAUUUAUCCCAAAAAUCUGAAAUGGGAUCAAGAAGAAAUUUUAGCAGUCAGUUGUUUAAAAGCUAUUAUAAUUAAUAUGGAAAAAAGUGAAAAAUCUAUUGCACCAGAGUUAUCAGCAAAAUUCAAAACAAUUGCCUUACAGAUAUUGAGUAAAUUACAUUAUGAAGAUGUAGAUAAAUUAUAUUUUAAUAAUAUAACUAAUAAAUGUUUAAGAAUAUUACGUACUGUAUUACCAGAAAAAUCUUUAAUUGAUGAUGCAGAUAUUAUUGGUGAACUGUUAGGAGUAGUUCAAGCUUAUAUAUUUCAUGGUAUUGAUGGAUAUGCCAUGAUUACUCCUCAAAUAUUACGUCCAGCCACUAUGAAUCUGCCUGAAAUGAUUCAGCGUAUGCCAAAGAAUAAAUACUACAGAUAUCACAAGAUUAGAAACAAAAAAGCACCUUCCAAAAAAGUUGAAACCAAAACUACUUCACCCCCAGAGACAAAAUUAGGAAUAAAGUGCUCCAGUGAUUCUGAUACAUCAGAUACUGAAAAUAACUAUGGAGCUAAUUCAGAGUCAGUAGUUCGUUCGCAAGCAGCACGAUUGUUAAACACAUUAAUUUUGCAGGCGCCAAAUCGUGCAAUUUUUGGAUUUUGGACGCAAAUUGUUGCAAGUGGAUCAAAAACUGAUGCCAGAGUUUUGACCAGGUGCAUAUUGAAAGAGCCAUUAGGAAAAAAUCGUCAAAUUACACUCAGCUCAUUAAAUGAUUUAUUGCUAGGUGCUAAAAUGUUUUUAAGCCACGCUGAAGACGUUGAGAAAAUGUCUUUUGUUACCGUUUUUGGUAUGCUCAGCUCUGUGAUAGAAGAAUUACAUUAUACGCUCUCUUUAGUAAUGUCUACUGAAAGAAAUGUCGUAGUGCUCACGCAAGCAAUAAAGUGUGCUAAUUCGCUUGCUCAAGUAACACCAUAUUCAAGAUUAAAACCAGGUUUAGCUACAAAGUUAGUUAGAAAUUGCAGAAUACAUCUAUUUCAUAAAGAUCCUUCAGUUAGAGUUGGGGCACUAUCUGUGUUUGAAACCUUAACUCUGUCAGAUCCAACAACUCCCGAAAUUUUCAAUAUUCUCACGAAAUCGUCAAACUUCGAUAACGAAAUUGACAUAGAAUUGGCCAAUUCUGGUUUCAAUACUGCCAAUGAUACAGACACAGAAGAAGUCGUUCCUGGCGAUUACGAUGAAAAUAUUAGUCAAAUUAAUUUUGAUACAAACGACGACGGUGAACAGACUCAAAUCAGUGCUUUAGUAAAAGUCUGCCUCAAAUAUGCUGCAGACGAGUCAGUAAACGAACCAGUAAGAUUCCAAUCACUGAAAUUACUGGGAACACUAACAUUCAAUAUAAGUAGCCUAAUCUUUUCUCAUCUGGAAACAAUUACCGGAACACUCGUCAACAUUACUAAACAAGAUGAACCUCAGGUAGCAUUUCACGCUUGUAGAGUGUUGGAAAUUAUGGCCAGCCGAUUAGCCGAUUCGAAAUCGGAAGACAUUUCCAAAUUUUGGAACAUUGCGUUUGAUCCAGUUAUUUCGUUGGUACAACAUCCUCAGUUUCUUUUACGAGACGUAGCUUGUGAUUGUUUAGGAAAUAUCGGUGACGAAAUGAUUGCUCGUCUUCCAAGAAACAAAAGUAUUCUCAUAAUCACGAUUUUAUUCGGAGCGACAAAAGACGAAGAAUGUGCUGUCAGAGCUGCUGCUUUACGUGCCUUGGGAUUGCUGGUCAAUUUACCAACGUUAGAGGAAGAUACUGGUUUCCUCAUGGAUAUGGUCGACAUUACUUGUACUGGCGCAGAAGACAGUAAUCUUGGAGUGAGAGUCAAAGCCAUUUGGGCUUUGGCUAGUUUAUGCGAUUGUCUUGUCAACCGAGAGAAUAAGUUAGAGGUAGAACCCAUUCCUUUAGAAAUUGUGUUACCGAAACUGUACAAAGCAACUGUUAAAGCUGCACAAGAUCACGAAAAAGUGAAAUGUAAUGCGGUCAGAGCUAUAGGCAAUGUUUUAUAUUUAUGUUCAGAUAAAUCUUUUUUGCCUGAUACUUCAGUAGGUCUAUCUGCGCUUAUCGAUUCCGCUACUACUGGAAAUGAUAUGAAGGUCAGAUGGAAUGCAUGUCACGCUCUUGGUAUCAUUCUAAGUCGUGAUCCUGAUAAAGUACUGUCAUCGUCAUGGAAAGAUCAAGUAUUUCCAGCAUUAUGCGAUCUAAUAUGCAAUAAUCGAAAUUUCAAAGUACGCACGAACUCAGCUUGGGCUCUUUCAGUUUGCAAUUCUUUCGACAGGUACAUUGUCACGCUAUGGAAAAGCGUUAUGCUUGCGCUUGAAAAUUCUCAACAUGUUCCAAGCUACAUUGAAUACUCCCAUAGAGAUGCUCUUGUUCAACAGCUUUGCUUGACACUCUGUCAUUUAGCAGUGCAUACUGACAUUUCGGAGUUGGAGCCACUCUGGAUCGAAAUAAAAGAUCAUUUUGAAGAUAUUUCUCAUCAUAUCAAGCACUUUCAAGAGCAUAUAUUACCAGAAAAAGCUGGAGAAUUAAUCAAAGCAAAAACUAAAUUUGCCUCGUUUGUUCAACAAUCUACGAAAUCAAGUGAGAAACAAUUUGCAACACAACUGUUAGAGCUGUUUAAAAAAGAAGAAAAAUAUGACGAUAUUAAUACAGUACCAUUUUAAACUGAUAAUACGUUUACGUAAAUUGUAUAUAAAACAUUUUUUAAAUGUACAUAAUUGUUCAUUAACUUAAUUUAUAUAAAAAAAUACAUAAUUUACAAUCUGUAAAUGUCGAAUUUUUUAAC